AUGAUGACUCUUCACUGGAAACGACAUCAUAGUAUUGAAAGCUUGGACGACGAGACUAGUAUCGAAUUAACGGUUCUUCGACAACAUUGGAAACAAAUUUUACAAAUAUUUCAAAAAUCUUUAAUUGAUCAAGAUGAUAUUACUUGUGUUAUAUCCCAUUUUCAACAUGCAGUCACAUUACUUACCAAUGAAGUCGCUAGUCACGAUCGUCCCGGUCCUGUACUCUUAUAUUUUAUUGCUGAAUCUAUACUUGAUACAUUCUUUAUUUGGUCAUUAAGUUGUCCUGAAUAUGCAUCAGAACUUAAAUAUCAUCAAUUACGUUGUUUUGAAUUUCUUCUUAGUCGUUCUCAACAUGAACUUCUUUUUCAUAAACAAAUUUUUAAACCAUUGCUCAAUCUUCUUCGAUCAUGUGAAUCAUCAACAUCAUUGGAGCUUAUUGAAAAACAUAUGGUCGUUGUGCUCAAUCAAGUUUGUGUCAGUAUUACAAAAAGUCCUGAAUUAUUGGAAUUUUGUUUUGAUAUCAGUGCUGAACAUGGUCCAUCAAGAUUUAUUAUCUUCUCACUUUUAAUUCCAUUUGUUCAUCGCGAUGGACUUGCUGGUCAACAAGCUCGUGAUGCAUUGUUACUUAUUAUGCAAUUAUCAAAUCGGAAUGAAUCUAUAGCAAAAUAUAUAGUAGAAAAUACAAAUUUUUGUCCGAUCUUAGCAACAGGUUUAAGUGCGCUUUAUUCUGAUUUACCACAUCGUUUAGCAACACAUAAUGAUGAAUGGUUUAUAUUAACGAAACAAGAAUGGUCAGAAAAUGCAUCAUUAGUACAAUUUAUGAAUUCAUUACAAUUUUGUAAUGAUGUUAUUCAAAUUGCUCAUCCGAUUAUUGGUCAUCAUCUAUUACAAUAUAUUUAUCAUGGAUUUCUUGUUCCUGUUCUGGGUCCAAGUAUUCAUCAAGAUCUUCAUGAAAUACCAGUGAAAUUUUCUGAUUUACAACAGUUUUCGAAUACAAUGGAUGAAGUUAUUGCAGCAACAGCUUAUUUGGAUUUAUUUUUACGUACAAUUUAUGAGCCAGCUUUAUUAAAAGUAUUUUUAAAAUUUAUACUUUGUGCUAAAAUUGAUGAAAUGAGUUUAUUGGAUACGUUAAUACAUAGAAUUAAUUAUACGACUAAACUUGGAUUAGUAUCAUUAAGUUUAUUUUAUACAUUAAUCAAUCUCAAUUGUGAAGAUAUUAUGUAUCGAUUAAUCUUUAUGUAUUUGAUACCAUGUCGACAUGUUAUGUGUAGCCAACGACGUCAUAUAACUGAUAUGGAAAUUUAUGGAAAAAAUGCAGAAAAAUUUCUUACAUUAAGACCUUCAUUUGCAAAUAAAAAUAAUAAUACUAAUAGCACUGAAACUUCACGACCACGACAAACACGUGUUAGUUUUGAUCAAAAUGGUGAAUCUAAUGAACGAUUCGAAUGUACAUUUCCAGCUUAUCUUGAAGAUGCACAUUUUAGUAUCGUUCGUUGUCGUGUUGCUUGCCGUUGUUGGACAGCACCAUAUGAUGGUGAAACACCAUCUCCAGAUACAAUUGUUGAAGAAACAGAUUUAAUUUCAUUAGCAAGUAGUAUAUCAUCAUUAAAUAUUGAUAAUAAUAAUUCAAAAAAAUCUGAUUAUAUAUCAAAUCAACAACAAUCAAUAAAUUUAGGAAAAAAUGUUGCUAUAUCAAAUGAUUCUGGUAUUCAUGUUGAUAGUCUUGAAACAAAUUCUCAACUAGGACAUAGAAUAAAAUCAACUAAUGAGUCUUUUCAAUUACCAUCAUGGCUUGUUAACAAUCAACCUAUACCUGAUGAAUUACUUGUAAAACAUUCGAUGGCUAAUCGUUCAAUAUAUCAUCAUGAAUAUAAUAAUAAUGAUGAUGAUAAUAUUGAUUAUUAUCAUCAUCCAUCAGCAUUUUAUGCUUUUUCAUUUAUUGAUAUUUCAGGUGAUAAUGAAGAUACAUGGAGUAUAAAUUCAUCCAAUACACCUAAUACUCAUAUACGUGAUGAAAUAAAAACAUGUGUUGAAACACUUCAUAAUUGUUUAAGUCAUUUUCGUGAAAUGAAUGAACAAUCAAAUGAAAUUACUGAAAAUAUUGAUGAGAAUAUUAAAAAUAUAUUAAAUGAAUUAAUUGAUCAAAUAGAAAAUUCUAUCGAAAAACAACAAACAAAUGAAAUUGAUUUAGUUGAUGUAACAUUAGAUUUUAAUUUAUUAAAUGAAUUAUGUACAAAAAAAUUAACAUUUCAUGAAUAUUUAACUAUACUUGAUCGAUUAAUUGAUAAUAAAUAUCUGAAAAUUUCAACCAAAACAGGUGAAGAUUUAUCAAAUGAAAUUCUUCUACUUGCUGAACAAAUUGAACAACAUCGAACAAUAAUUAUAACAGAUUAUAAUCAUAAUAUUGAUAUAGAUAAUCAAUAUCAUUUACAAUUUUUAACAAAUACACAAUCAAAUUAUUCUUUUAUGUCAUUUUUACAACAAUCAACAUCAAUGGAUAUGUCUGUAUUAGCAACAAAUGAUUUAUCAAAUCAAAUGCAAUCAACGUUAUUUACAGCAAGUAUUCAACAACAACAAUCAACAACAUCUAAUGGAAAAUCAGCUGAUAUUGGUCCAUUUUUACGCACAAUAUUUUCGAGAUUAGAAAAUAUGUUUCAAAAUUCUUUAUAUGUGAAUCUUUUAUUAACGGGUAUAAUCUCACGAUUAGCACAAUAUUCUCAACCAUUAUUACGUUCAUUAUUACUAAAUCACAGUCUUGUACUUGAAACAAAUGUCAAAUCACUUUUUCAAAUUCUUUCAAAUCUCAAAUCAAAACUUGAAACAAUUUCUCAAACGUUUAAUGAUUUUAAUUAUCUUGUCCAAUUAGCACAUGAAGCAUUAUAUCAAAGAGAAAAAACUUCAAAAGAAUUUGAUGAAAUACAGAAACGAGCGCGUUCUCCAUCACGUAUACGAUCAAAAUCAGCUGAUCCAGGCAAAGAACGUAUAUCAAAGCGAAGUCGUAUCUUGGAUUUUUUUCGUGGUCGUAGUCGAGCUUCCGAACGAACAGAUACUAAUACAAAAGAACGCAAUCAUUCUCAUGUAACAUUAAUUGAUAAAACAUCAAUGAAAUUUAUUAAUAUUCGUGAUAAUCAUGAAAAUAUACCUCUAAAUGAAUGGGAUGAUCCAAAAACACGUAAUAUAGCUUAUUGUGCUGUUAUAUACAAUGAAUUUCUUAAAGAACUUGCAGCUAUAGCUUUAGAACAUAGUGUACAACAAUUUGAUGAUGAUAAAAUAUUUGAUGAUCUUCCAUCAACACAAUUAUUGUUUUAA